GCGGGUCCCGGUCGGGGGAGGGGGGCUGUUAAUUCCUUCGUGAAAAGUGACGACACUUCCCCUCUCUCCUUUUAUUCCAGUGUUUUUCCUUUUCGCGUCGGGAUUCAGACAAAACAACUUUUAUUUCUCUUCCAGUUCUGAAACUAAACUCCACCAUGUCGCCGCCGUCCCGACGACUCCAGACGAAGCCAGUGAUUACCUGCCUGAAGACUUUCCUCAUCUCCUACAGCCUCAUUUUCUGGUUCACCGGCGUGAUCCUGCUGGCUGUGGGGGUGUGGGGGAAGGUCAGCCUGGAGGCCUACUUCUCCCUGGUUUCUGGAGAGAGCACCAAUGCACCAUAUGUUCUCAUCGGGACCGGAGCCAUCAUUGUUAUUUUUGGACUGUUUGGCUGCUUUGCUACGUGUCGUGGAAGCCCAUGGAUGCUCAAACUGUAUGCCAUGUUCCUGACCCUGGUGUUCCUGGCUGAGCUGGUGGCUGGAGUCUCAGGCUUCAUCUUCAGGCAUGAGAUCAAAGCCAAAAUUGGGACUGCUUAUAGAGGCGCAGUGGAUACUUACAAUCAAACCGACAGCAAAAGCAACGCAGUCGACACCCUCCAGAGAACGUUGCACUGCUGUGGAAUAAACAAUUACACUGACUGGGGUAAGACUGACUACUUCAAAGAGAAUGGCAUCCCUGCUAGCUGUUGUAAAGACAAAUGUUCCCCGGAGUCCCUGAAAGACCUCGACAAGGCUGAAAGUGAGGUGUUCACUACGGGCUGCUUUUCACUGGUCACCAAUGUGUUUGAAGGUAACCUGGGAGUCAUUGCAGGGGUCUCAUUUGGGAUUGCAUUCUUCCAGGUGAUUGGGAUUUUCCUGGCCUGCUGCUUGUCUCGCUACAUAACCAACAACCAGUAUGAGAUGGUCUAACAGGUGACUGAUGGACAACUCCUGGUGCAAAUUAAUUUGGGAUUUUAACGUUAUAUAUUUGUUAGCUGAUAUCAUUUUUAUGGAGCGAACACUCCCGUGACUUCUACUUUUAUUCAUUCUCACUAGUGGAGUAGAAAAGGGUAAUGUUCUAGAGGUUUAAAGGGAUGACAUCUGCAGAGCUGUUUGACAAAAGAAAAGGGACCCAGUUGAGAUUUGUUUCUCAACAGAUUAAAAUAAAAAUUCCAUAAGUAUUGCUGCCAUCAUGUAGUCGCCACAUUUCUAUUUAAAUUGUUGAUACUUUUGUAUUUCAUGUCUUUGAGCUGCCUUAUUUUGAACUUGGAGAAUAAAUCCUGUAGAAGUUCUUUAAAAAUACUUGUCUUUACAUGUGAAACAGCCAGAGCUGACCUAGAGCUCAGCACCUUGGAAUCAAGUUAGCGAUGGAUGAAUUAUUGUAGAAAAAUGAACCUUAGUGACCAUGUGGGCCAGUGCUGUUGAAGGCCUGCAGUCAUGUGUGCCAAAUCCAGCAGCUCUGCCAACUUUGUAUUACUGUCUUCAGUGUUUGUGUGUUUUCUUUGUGGAUGCAUGUAUAAAAAAAUAAAGAUGAAAUCCUGUAUCUUCAAAAA